CUAGGAGACAAAUCUAUACUACAGGUGUUGUCUUGUGCGCACCUACAGUAGAGUGUACUCAGUCUCUGAUUAUAUUGCCAAUGUAAAUCAGUGGUGGAAUGUAACAAAGUACAUUUACUCAAGUAUUGUACUUAAGGACUAUUUUUCCAUGCUUGUACUUUACUUGAGUAUUUCCAUUUAAUGCUAAAUGUACUUUUACUCCGCUACAUUUCGGAGGCAAGUAUUGUACUUUUUGCUCUACUACAUGUAUUAAAUACUAAAAGUUUUUGACUACUUUGUACAUGAAAACACAAUGUGAUGCAAUACGUUAGCUUUUUAUAUGCACAGUAAAAGUAUCCAAAAUUGGCUCCACAUUGCCAAACUUCAACAUUAAAAUGAUUUGAAAUGUACAUUAAUUUGCUACUGAUAAAAACAAAAUAAUAUUAUUCUACAACACUGUAGAAUAGAUCCAUUCUGCUAAAUUAGUACUUCUACUUUUGAUAAACAAAGUACAUUUGACUGUUAAUACUUCUGUAUAUAUUAUUAAAUUCAUGAUGUUUACUUGUAUUGGAGUAUUUCAAGACCACAGUAAUUCUACUUUCAAUUAAGUAGAGGCCUUGAGUACUUUUUCCACCACUAGGGGAAUUGCAAAUUGCCUCAUGCAAAUAAGUCUUGAAUGACCUCUUCAGACCUCUGUUAAAACAACAGUUAAAUAACUUGAUGUAAUCUCAAUAUCUGCUCAUUUAAAGUCACCUAUGAGUCAAAUGUAAGGCUUCUAAAACGUUUCAAAUUAAAAAAUAAAUAUUUAAAAGAUCAUUUUAAUUGAUCCAUUUCUCUAAUCAGUGGAAGAAAAACAUGUUAUCAAUAAAAAUAAUGCCCUGUUUUCAAACACACAUAGGAAAAGUUUUAUCUUUAAAUGUCUACCAUAUAUAAAUAAAAAUCACUUAAAACAUGAUGUACACAUUUUUCUUCCCAAGUAGUUUUGUUGUCAGUGCUUUGUGCCAAUGGAUUAGGGUUUCCAGUUUUGUUUGAAUUCUGCCGUCCAACAUGCAAAACCUGCCACACCCAAUUAAAGUCACAUCCUUUCAUUAUUUGACAGCUUCAGAGUCACCUAGACGGUGCCCAGCUCCAUCAGACAAAAUUUGCCCCCCUGAGAUUUUUUUCAGGAGCCGCCACUGCUCAGGUGUCUCAUCGGUGUCCCAAAUAGCCUGCCAGGUUAAUUGUUCACUGUGUGUAGUUCAAUUUAUCCAACAUCCGAUGGAAGCACAACCUGAGAAAGACUGGAGCAGUGAUCUCUUUGACUGCUUUGAGGAUGCAAGUACAUGUUGCUAUGGUUUCUGGUGUGGCCCUUUUCUUGCCUGCACUGUUGCAGGACGGUUUGGUGAGAACCGUUGUCUCCCAUUAUGUGACACAGCCUGCGGCAUGCCUCUGUGUGUGCCUCCUGCAGUCCUGGCUGUUAGGGUUGCCAUGCGAAACAGAUACCAUAUCAAGGGUUCUAUCUGUAACGACAUAUUAGUGUCCCUUUGCUGCCAGUGGUGCUCCUGGUGUCAGAUGCAUCGUGAGUUAAAACAUCGCAAUAAAACCCCCAAUUUCAUCGUGGUGCAAAAUCAACCCAUUGUACAAAUGCAGCCUGCUGCAAUGAUGAUGGUUCCCCAAGCUGGUUUUGUGAGCCAACCAGGAGUCACCGUGAUAUCACACUGAGCUCUAUGGAUUCUCAUGUGUCUGCUGGGCCUAGUGAAGGAAGUUCAGCUCAGGCUGCUGUUGAUUUUGUAACACCGUUUUUUAAAGUGUAAUCACUUAAAAAAAACUAAAUGCAAUCGCUUUGAAUUGUGUCUCUGUUUUGUCAGAGUAUUGAGUGUAAGUUUCUUAACUAUAAUGACAAUCAUUGUUUAAAAUUUCUCAGGAAAAUUACUUUGCAUGUAUUGUGUCAAGGAUAGGAUAAAGAAUUUUCAUUCCACCAAAAUGAUUUGAGUGUGGUCUAAAUAAAGGAAUUAAUAAAGUUGUAGAAUGAGGAAUAAAGUACUACUCAGCAUCUUCAUUGUAAAUGCGGUUCACCCUAAAGGCCAA